AUGGGAACACCUGGCGGAACUGCUGGCGGGCUUGGAAACACGGUGGUGUUCGGUUCGCUCGAGUUUGAACGGAAGGAAAACUCACCAAUCUUGCCUAGAGUUGGUCCUCCAACUCUGGCUUCAAAUAGGUCGCCGGCCCAAGUGACAGUCGGCAGUGGGACACGCCAUGUGCCUGCCCUUCAACCGCAAGUUCCAAUACCUUCUAGCGCAGGUCACAGUGACGUGCUGCCGAACGCGAAUGAGGCACCGCCAAGCCAAGCUGAGCUGUUACAGGCGGCUCCAGGCGCCGUGUGGGUUCCUAGCGGUCCCAGACCUGGACGAAUCCCUGCUGAUUCGUUCACACACGACACCUCUCAUCCGAGAUGGCGGUCACGCGAGGACUACGCCGAUAUUGUGGACUGGCGCUCGACCAGAGUUAUCUCAGAUGAUAAGAUAGCGGUAUCUUUCAACAGCGUGUGUAAUGCUGCCAGAUCAAUGAAUGGUUUGGAUCAUCAGUCGGAUCCCCUGCCUUGGUCCCGGGAUGGCCUCACCCCCAGCCGCGAGGCAGCUGCCUCAGCACGAUAUAACCUUGACGUGCUUCGACCUGAACGGCCAUCUUCCUCUUCAGGCGAAGACGAGGUCAUGCGAGACCUUUUAGUUGAUUCGGAAGGAGAACAGGCCCAGCUGUCACCUGGGCCUUCAGGUCCGUUUAUGAAACCUCCCAAGCUAAUCCUUAUAUUUGACACUGACCGAUAUGCUGGUUACGUUGGACAUGGUCCCUUGCGUCCCUCUAUGUUAUCCACCCCGACCCCGUCUUCUUCUACGCCAAUGGGUCAAGUGGGUGAAAAGCCCCUGGUGAGGAAGGUGUCACCAGUGAAACAUGCUGGGGAAGACCCCGGGCUUCCUAACACACGUGCACGGCGCCAAGUUUCACCUCCCAGACCAGUCACAGGUCAAGCUCCUCGUGUUCGUAAGCCACCUCGCAGUGCUCCUCAAUCUCAACCAACGGCCUCUCUUCCGGCGCAAGGCCCAGUGCCAACAGUGGCGCCUGCGUCUCGUUUGAACGCAGGCCACAUCAACCCUACGGUUCAAUAUCGACCGUUCGGACGCCUUUUGUCUACGGCGCCAGGCCUUCAGCAAUUGACUCCUCUCCAGAACCCCUCAGCUGACCGUGCCAUUUUGGGAACCCGUGACAUGAACCGUAACGUUCAUAACACCCCGGAUGUCGCACUAGCUCUGGUUCCCCCAGGCCAAGUCUCUCACUCUGUGCUUUCAAACACGCCGGUGGUGGUCACUCAAGGCCAACAAGGCCCUCGCCACGCUGUGGAAACUCGCCCUGGUAACUCAGAUCUGACGACCGAUUCUGCACGAAGUGGGAUGACUUCGACAGUGGCCAGUUCGAUGCUACUCGAUCAAGAUGCCGCCCCAUCGACAUGGCCUUUCACUUCGGAAAAUGUCUGGCAGGUUGCCCCGAAAUCACCCGUCGUGUCGAACAACAAGGUUCCAACUCCCGGUCGUAUGCGCUGGGGCCCGCCGGGCAACGUGGAUCUCUUCUGGCUCUUGCAUUUGGCGCAUUUCCGACCGUUUGCAGUCCACAAAGAGCAAAACGAUCGGUUCCACCGGUGUACUGAAUACAUCAAGGUAAUUAAAUAA